AUGGCGCGCCCACGACGAGCGUCUGCCGCGUCAGAUCUCAGUUCCGUGCCAGACCAGAACCAGGAAUUAGGAAGCAUGUACGACUACCUGGCCAAAAUUGUCCUCCUCGGCCCCAGCGGCACCGGCAAAUCCUGCCUCCUGCAUCGCUUCGUGAAGAACGAAUGGCGCGUCCUGUCCUCCCAGACCAUCGGCGUUGAGUUUUCGUCGAAGAUAAUAAAAAUCGGCACACCCCCCAACCGUUCGAAGCGAAUCAAGUUGCAACUGUGGGACACGGCCGGCACAGAGCGAUUCCGAAGCGUGAGUCGGAGUUACUACCGGGGAGCGGCGGGCGCAGUGCUGGUAUACGAUGUCGCCAGUAUGGCCAGUUUCCAGGCACUCCCAACGUUUCUGAGUGACGCAAGGGCUUUGGCUAGCCCACAGUUGACAGUGGUUUUGGCGGGCAACAAGGCGGAUCUGGCAGACGAGUCGCUACAAACACAAGGGCAUUCGGGUCCAAACCAUACGAGAACGCAGGCCGUGCAUGUGAAAGGGAGUGCCCACCACCAGCGCAUCCAAAAGGAAGAUGAAGCCAACAGCGUUACACCUCCGGCAUCGAGCGCGUCAAGUCGACAAUCAUAUUUCCCCUACGAUUCUGGAGGCGGAAGCGUUACCGACUCGGUCAAGACAACAUCCAGUCGCUCGCGCGAGGACAGCAUGAACCUCUCAAAAUGGACCGCAACCCAAUCCACCGAAGGUCGCGAAGUCAGCACCGAAACCGCCUCCCGCUGGGCCUCGAAAGUCCACAUCCCCGUCACAAUGGAGGUCUCGGCUCUCACGGGUGACAAUGUCGAUGCAAUAUUUUACCGCCUGGCCGCCAUGAUCCUGACCAAGAUCGAGCUGGGAGAGAUCGACCCGGAUGAUCCGGCAAGUGGUAUCCAGUACGGCGAUGGCGCUGUGGGAGUCGACGGGGAUAGCAUAACCACAGACGGAGGUACCGUGAGACGGCGGAAAGGCGGGAGGGGAGGCACCGUGCGGAACGGAGUGCUCACCAGCCUGGGGGAGUGGGAAGACGUGUUUCGGAGACCGGCCUCAAGAGCGGGGAGAGGACGGUGCUGUUGA